CGUAUGGUUGGUUCGGACAAUUACUUAGUGAAAAACAUACUGUAAGCUUUUGAUAAUGCUUGCCCCUCCACUAUAUACUAAACCCUUCAUCUUUGUCUCUCUUCCAGUAAAACAAAGCUCAUAAGCAGAAACCUUCAAACUCUUCCGUUUCUUGCAGUUAUUCUUUUUUUUGCUCUUUAAAAGUUUGUAUACUGUAUCGGCCUCACAAAGGGAAGAAACGGAUCAAUGGCACCAGAAGAGAAUAGCACGUACGAGCCUUGCAAGACUUUUGGGCAGAAGUGUAGUCAUGUAGUGAAGAAACAAAGAGCCAAGUUUUAUAUUCUUCGCCGUUGUAUCGUCAUGUUAGUCUGCUGGCGUGAUAACAACAACGACCGCAAGGAAUCUUGAUUGUUUUCUCUUAAAAAAACUUAUUUUCCUUAGCGUUUUAGUCUCUUUUCUUUCCGCUCAAGACAUGUAAAUAUGUAAUUUAGUAGCUUUUACUAGUGUACUCAUUGUAUCAUCACCAUCUGAGUUCAAACUUGGCAUAAUGCAUGCUAGACUUUUCUUGUUA